ACUUCCGGGCCGAUGACGUCGAGAUUCCAGCAUCCGCGGUAGACACAAUCCCGGUCCAGGUGAGUUACAAACCCUUUCCAGACUUAAAUUAUUGUCGUUUUAGGAGUUAUCAGCAUGUCCCCAAAACAUUUGAUACACGUUAAAGUCAUGUAUAACAUUUCAUAGUCGAGCUAAAGGCUGAAAGUGGUGAAAGUUUCGUGUUAGGAGCUGCGAUGGUCAGCUGUCAGGGUGUAGGUUCACUUCAGAGCCGAUCAGGUUAAUGUUGACAAACACAACUCAGUGAAUAAACAAAGAUCUGAUUAUUUACCGAUAAAACUGCUCAAUCAAUAAACUCAAAACGAAUAUUUCAGGUGACACACAGAGAGAGUUAGCCCGCUGGCUUAUAGGCUAACCAAAGUUUUUAUGACAAAUCGACUAAAAUAAGAUCUGAUGAGAUAAAAUAUUUGCUGUGGUGCUGCUCUGGAUUUAGCGUGAAUCUGAAGCUCGUGCAGUUUCCCAUUUCUUUCUACCUGGUAAGGUAAGGUAGACUUAAUUGAUCCUGCAUGGGGGAAACUAUUUCACCACAAUGACAAGAAGACUCAAUACAGACAACAAACAGCAUGGAGACAUCAGAAAAAGAUAGAGAAACACCAGAUACAUAAUAAACACGGUAAAGGCCAAUGAAACAUGGUUUAAAAGUGCUACAAUAAAAGAAAAGGACAUGAUGGAAUACAACAAAAGCCUGAUAAAAAUGAAUAAAUAUUAAAAUGAAUACCUCUACUAACUAUGCAGCAGUGACAAGUAAGACCCUAACUAGGGCUGGGCGAUAUGUGAAAAAGUUUGUUACAAUGUAUUUUUUCAUAUCAGUCAAUAUCGAUAUAUAUUACGAUAUUGAAAAUUAAAUUUAACUGUGCUUAUUGGUAGCAUGUCUUUUGCAAUACAAUAAGCUACUGCAUCUGUGAGGUCUUUGUGUCUCUUCGACUAUUUGUCGUAAGGCGUUGGGCUAGAGAAAGCGGACUGAAUGAUCGGCUGUUUCGGCUGCUCAGGCGCCAUGGGCUCCUUCAGGUCCUUUUACACCGGGACCGUUUUUGUUGUGCGAUUAUUUCGGACGUCAAUAAUUUUUUUUUCGGAACCCGUAACCCUUUCAAUACAAGACUUUCCCAGUCGUUCCGUGGAGCACCAAGGCAUCACAAGUGGCUCACUGAAAGAGAUUUCAAGACCUUUUGAAGACAUAGUGCAAUGGAUGAUCUUUGUAGCCCAGGAUUAAUUUUGAUUUAGACCUGGUCCUCCUUUCAACAAUGGCCUCAAGAGACUCUGGGAAUAAGCCAAUAACUGAUCCAGCCCUCUUUAUCAACCUGUUGAUCCUAUUUUAAAUCUAAAUACAUGUUGAUUUUCUUGCCUAUCCAGGGUCUAAUUCAGACCCUUGAUUAACAAACUUCAUGUAUGUUUGCUAAUAAAUAAAUGUCAUGGUGUGUUUGUGUUCAGGGUGAUGGGGCCAGAUGGGGCCCCGGGGCCCAGUGUGCCCUGGCAGAAGGUUCUGUGGGAGCGCCAGCCGUUUCCUGAUAACUAUGUUGACCAGCGGUUCCUGGAGGAGCUGAGGAGGAACGAGGGGAUCAGACAGUACAGGUACUGGACUGUGGUGAAGGAGGCCGGCUUUGUGGGUCAGCAGCUGUCCUGUGUGGCUAUCUUUAUCUCCCUGUGGCUCUACAUGGAGCAGGUAAGACUCAGAGGAGGCAUCUAUACAACACGGUUGUAGUUGUGUUUAAUAAUGUAAAAUUAUGAUUAAAUUAUUCUUCUUCAUUUAUGGACUGAUGAUGCUGCCAGUUUUACGAGUUUCCUGAUGGUGUUUAUCUCAUGUUUUGAGGCCUAAUGUCUUAAAGUAGAGAUGUUGUUGAUAGAAACACACAGCAUGUCAGGGGGAGGGGCUGUGUGCUGAUCUCCUGCUAACAUCACCUGAGCUUGUUUUUCAGGUUUGGAUUCUCUUCACUUUGAAUCUAUUUAGAACUCUGAGCUGAAUUUCUGUCGGAAGUCUCUUUCCCUUCAAACAAACCGAUUCUUUAAUAGAAGACAAACAAUGCAAUAACACAGUUCAGGUGGGACAGACGGGGAUUUAGUCUAACUGGAGCACAGGUCAUAAUAACUUCAAAUCAGUCCUAACUUUUGAGUGUUCAUCCAAUAGAUGAACAACCCGCUGACUGACUGGAUAAUGUUUUUUUCCUUUGUCUGAAAGCCUUUUUAAAUUUGUUAUACCCAUCAAAAAUGUUUGAAACUGCUCGAUGUUAAACUCCUCCAGGUCCACGAUCAGGUCCUGUGAUUGCUUGGCCUCAAAUAAACCCUCCCUUUCUGCUCCUUCUCAGGGUCUGCUGUCUCCUGAGACUCUCCUGUGGAGCAGCCUGGUCUGCGCCCUCCUGGGUUACGGACUGUACCAGUCCCUGUCCUCUCAGGUGGAGUCUGGCUGUGAACCCCGGACACGUCUGGCAGACCUACAAAGCGCCGCCAUCUUUCUCUCCUUCACUUUCGGAUUCUCUCCAGUCCUGAAGACGCUCACCGAGUCAGUGAGCACUGACACCGUGUACGCCAUGUCCGCCAUCAUGCUGCUCGCGCACCUGGUGUCCUUCCCGUACACUCACCCCUCCCCCCCGGGCAGCCUGUCCCUGAAUGCAGCACUGUUCGCCUCAGUGUGUCUAGCCUCCAGGUUACCCGGAGCGCUGCACACCUUCGCUAUGCUGAGCUGCGCCCUGAUGGUUUUCGCUCUGUGGCCCUGCUUGCUGCAGAGGGUCAGGGACAUCGCACCCACACAUUUCACAGGAGUGUGUCUGGGAGUGUGUGUCGGAGGGGUGGGAGGACUGGGAUUACAGUCACCAGGGGGGGCUGUGCUGUUAGCUCUAGCUUUAGGUAGUGUAACUCUGCUCUGCCCCCUGCUGUUAGUGCGUCUGCAGAGACACAAAGACAACAUCCAGGGACCGUGGGACGAGGCUGAGAUCCACGAGGACCUGGACCACGGCAGAGGAACGUAGUUCAGGUUUAAGCUGAAGGAGGUGAAUUAUUCCCCUGUGCUGCUUCUGUACAUGAAAUCUAUUUUAUCUGUUUUAUCUGUGGCUAUACCUGUCUGAACAGACAUGACAGCUGGUAUCUCUCAUGAAGAUGUUUUUAACGUUUUAAAAGUGUUGACCUCAGAAUUUAACAUGCAGGGUCGACUUUAAACUUUGCACAUGCUCUGUUAUCAUGCUGCGGUUUGAUAUCAGUGAUGUUUUAAUGAUCUACUGUCAUGUUGUGUAUAAAGUGUCUAUGUGUCUGAGUGGGUAAGAAUGAGUGUAUGCACAGUGUUUAACAGUGCUCUCCUUUGUAUUUGCUAAUAAUGGUUUAUUAAGUGUUUUUCUAUGAUGAUAAAGAUGUUUUCUUAGUGUAUAAAAUGUGUACAGAUGAACAGAGGGUCAUUUAAUACUGGGUCACAGUUUGAUACACCAAUAAAGAAAGUUAAGCCUCAC